AUGUCUAUUCCAGAAACUCAAAAAGGUGUUAUUUUCUACGAAUCCAACGGUAAGUUGGAACAUAAGAACAUCCCGGUUCCAAAGCCAAAGCCCAACGAACUGUUGAUCAACGUCAAGUACUCUGGUGUCUGUCACACCGAUUUGCACGCCUGGCAUGGUGACUGGCCAUUGCCAACUAAGUUGCCAUUGGUCGGUGGGCAUGAAGGUGCCGGUGUUGUUGUUGCCAUCGGGGACAACGUUAGGGGCUGGAAAGUGGGUGAUCUUGCCGGCGUCAAAUGGUUGAACAGCUCAUGUAUGGCCUGCGAGUACUGUGAAUUAGGUAACGAGUCCAACUGUCCUCAUGCCGAUCUGUCUGGGUACACCCAUGACGGAUCCUUCCAACAAUACGCUACUGCUGACGCUGUGCAAGCCGCUCGUAUUCCCGAAGGCACCGACUUAGCUGAAGUCGCCCCAAUUUUGUGUGCCGGUAUCACCGUCUACAAGGCUUUGAAGUCAGCCAACUUGAGAGCCGGGAACUGGGUGGCCAUCUCCGGCGCUGCUGGUGGUCUAGGUUCUUUGGCCGUUCAAUAUGCCAAGGCUAUGGGUUACAGAGUCUUGGGUAUUGACGGUGGGCCAGGCAAGCAAGAGCUGUUUACCUCUCUUGGCGGUGAAGUUUUCAUCGAUUUCACCAAGGAAAAAGACAUUAUUGGCGCUGUCGUCAAGGCCACCGACGGAGGUGCUCAUGGUAUCAUCAACGUUUCCGUUUCCGAAGCUGCUAUCGAAGCUUCUACCAAAUACUGUAGAGCUAACGGUACCGUUGUUUUGGUAGGUUUACCAGCCGGUGCCAAAUGUUCUUCCGAUGUCUUCAACCACGUCGUCAAGUCCAUCUCCAUCGUCGGUUCUUACGUUGGCAACAGGGCGGACACCAGAGAAGCUUUGGAUUUCUUCGCCAGAGGUCUGGUCAAGUCUCCAAUCAAGGUAGUUGGCUUGUCUAGUUUGCCAGAAAUCUACGAGAAGAUGGAAAAGGGCCAGAUUGCUGGUAGAUAUGUUGUUGACACUUCCAAAUAA